AUGCUAGGUACUCAUAGUGUAAUGAUGGGACAUUGUUUCCCUACUAGGGAAGAUAGUUCUUUAGAUCAUAUAAUGCUUAAACUUACGCACGAUAAAGUGGCCCAAAUUGCAGUUUUGAACACGACAAUAACUGAUCAUACUAUGGUAUUGCUACACAUAACUAAUGUUAAACCUCAAUUAGUGUAUAAUAAAACAAAAUGUAUUGUGGAUUUUGAAAAAGCUAUAAUCGAUCUAAAAAAUAAAAACAUACAUGAACUGCUUUUAUGUAAUGAUCCAAAUGUAUUAACCGAAUUAUUGUUAGGAAAACUAAUGCAAUCUUUAAAAGAAAAUACAGGACUGCUUCUUGUACCUAAAUGUAAACGCAUAAUUAAGCCUUGGAUGACUCCAGGUGUGCUGCGUUGUGUCAGGCAUAGGAAUAAUCUACAGCAAAAGCUCCGUCAAAAUCCCAACGACGAGAUUCUUAGAAUUUCCUACUGA